AUGCCCAUUACGAUGGGCGACCAGGGCGCGAACCGUGUGACGCCGUCGAUGCUCCCAUCGCCACCAAUGUCGACCGCCUGGGGACAGUCCGGCGGCAACAUUUGGGCGACGGCGCCCUUGGGUGGCCUGCAUUCCGUCAGCAUGGCCGAACCCAACCCGCAGGCCAGAUACUAUGCUCCUGCUCCUGUUGAUGAACCGCAGCCCGCCUUCGGAGAUGCUCCCAUGCAGCCAUCGCAAGGAGGAUUCUAUCCGCCUCGCCAGCACCCUGCUCAUCAGCACGCCGCGCCCAUGUUGUCCUUCAGGGAGCAAGCAGAGCCCGCCCAGCCGGCGCCUGUGCGCGUCAUGAUCCAGCGCCUUUCCCCCACAACCUCGGCGGCCGAAAUUCGCAUAAUGCUCGUCUUUUCUCAGGAGCUGCUCAGCGUUGAACUCCUCGGUCCUGACUACUCUGAGGCUGAGCCCACCUGCUCAGCCCUGCUGCUCUUUCGAAGCAUGAAUGGUGCGUCCGAAGCCCGUAACAAGUUGGACGGCCGCCCGAAUCCGAACGGCCAUGGCACCAUGAGUGUCAGCAUUCUGCCCUCUCCAGCCUACGGUACACCAGCCUACGGCUCGCCAGACUACGGGUCGCCGACGCGCGCGUCAUCCGCUGUGCCAAACGGCGCGCAUAAUGGCUAUGCCGACUUCUCGUACGUCAACCAUGAUCCGCAGCCGCCUCACAGUAACGGGGUUGUGUCACCGACCGCCAACGCCGGCCUUUUCUACCCUGGCCCUGCCUCUGCCCCUGGCCCGGCUUCUGCUCCUCAUCACCAGGACCUCGCCGCCCCAAACACUCAGGCCGGUAGCCGCUACAAGGAGAUAUUCAACCGGCAGUCCCCGAAUGGCAACUAUCUUCCCAACGAGAUGCCUGGCCGGCUUGGAAAGCACCUCAUCAAUGCUGAACUCGGCGACGAGGAUGACCGGGAGCUCCUUAGGGACUCCGUCGCCUACGGCAACAGGGGCACUCCGGUCCAACGGAGAGACGCUACCAUCACCCCUCCCGACUCCGUCAGCCAGGCUAUGGCAAGCCUGUCUCUCGAGCCGAACAUCGCUAUGAAGCCGGGAACGAUGCCGGCGUAUGUCGCAGGUCUGCCUUCCGUCAUUGGCGUCAACGACAUCUAUCUGCGACUCCAACAGCACGUCGCGCGACAGCAAGAUCAGCUCCAUCAGCAACAGCAUCAUCAGCCCGACAAGCGAUCCUCCAGACACACAGGGAGGCACCAGCAAGCGCAGUACGGAGCGGCCAAUUAUCCCCCGGCAAACCCUGCGGAUCAGAACCCUCCCUGCAAUACUCUCUACGUCGGCAACCUGCCCAUGGACGCGUGCGAAGAUGAGCUCAAAGUCCUCUUUUCCUUGACUAGGGGCUACAAGAGGAUGUGCUUCAGAAUCAAGCACAACGGGCCCAUGUGCUUUGUCGAGUAUGAAGACAUUGCCCACGCCACCAAGGCGCUUACUACGCUGUAUGGAUUCUCGCUGCACAACAGCGUCAAGGGCGGCAUCCGCUUGAGCUUCUCCAAGAACCCGCUUGGUGUUCGCUCGGCCUCGUCGCAGGCUCCCCAUGGGAAUCUGUAUCCCAGCGGCGGCAUACGCACGCCCACCGCCAAUGGCUUCGCGGCGGCCAGCGGCCCUCCUCCCGGCCUGCCUCGCCCCCCCGGCCUCGGCUCCCGAUCUCAAUCCACCUUCAGCGCCGGCAGUCGCGCCAGCAGUGCCAUGGGGCCUGUUAUGAAUGGCAAUGCGCACGGCAACAGGAAUGGCAGUGUCAAUGGCCACAGGAAUGGCACUGUCAGUGGCGGUGUGUCUGAAGCCGGCUCUAGCUAUUCCCAGAGAGCACCGUACUAUAGAAACGGCAUGAGCAGCAUGGGCGGCAUGAACGGCAUGAACGGCAUGAACGGCAUGAACGGCAUGAACGGCUUGAACGGCAUGAAUGGCCUGAACGGCAUGAACAAUCUGAACAACAUGAACGGCAUGAGCAUGACAAAGCCUCACACGCCUGUUAUCUAG